CGAGGAACCGCCAGGGCUGUUGGGUAGAGCUGUUGAAGCCGCGAGCCCACUUCCGUUGUGAAAGAGACCUCGCCAGCAGUCAACAUGGCGGAGUCGGUGCUCGAAGUUGUGGGGAAGCUGCAGUCGCGGCUCUCGGGCACCACGGAGCCCAAGAAGCUAAUGAAGAAUUUGAAGAGGCUAUCCGAGCUGCCCAUCACUGUUGAUAUUCUUCUGGAGACUGGGGUAGGGAAGACGGUGAACGGUUUACGGAAACAUGAGCAGGUUGGAGAUUUUGCCAAGAACUUGGUGGCGAGAUGGAAGAAACUGGUGCCUGUCCCACCAGAGGCUGUGCGGCACAGUCUUGAGCCUGCAGACCGCAGCUAUGACCGAAGCAUCCAGAGGAAGCGGCAACGCGAUCCUUCCCCCAAAGAGGAGGAAGAGGUGGAGCAGGACUACUCAGAAGCUUACCAGCCUUCUUCCAGCCAGUCCUACCACCUGGAACAUGGGACAAAGAAGACCAAGAGAUACCCGGAGCCCGAGAGAACCCAUGAAACUGUGAACUAUGACAUCCCGGAGGACAGGACGUGGGACCGAGAGUCCCCGGUGCUCUCCGACCAGGAGGGCUCUGAUUACGGACAAACAGCCUCCCCUGAGCCAAUCGACACCCCUCAGGAACUGUAUGCGGACUUUUGUAGAACUGAGGAAGAGGAAAGAGAGCAGAAAUCGCUUCAUAGGAAGGCCACUAAGGGCCACAGCUUUCAUGAUAGGCAGGAGGGGAACCACAGUAGGAAUUUCAGUGAUGCCCAAGACAAAACCGGCUCAGGUCGGAGCAAGGAACACAAGUCUUCUCACAAGGAGAAGCAGCGGCUAGAAGCCAAGGGCGAGGACAGGGGAGCUACUUUUGGCCUUGAGCGGAUGCACAAGAGUUCCUCCAAAGAGUCCUCCCGAGAAACUGCUUUGAUGGGCAGCAGCAAGGAGAGGCCUAAGGCCUUGGAUAGCUCCAAGCGAGAGAAGAAAAGGGAAGGUGGCAGCGCCAAGAAGGAAAAACUGCACCUUGACUCAGAGGAGACGUUGGACGAUCCUGUGAAGAAGCCAAAACACUCAGAUUCAGAUAGAGCCAAACCCGAGAAAGUGAAGCUCAGUGACCGGGAGAAGCUGAAACCCGAGGGGGAUUCCUCUACUAAGAGCAAAGAGAAGAAGUCUUCUGGCAGUUUAAAAAGCUCGGAGGGUAAACCCAAAGCCCCCGAUUCGCACAAACGAACAGUCGCCUUCUCGCCUCCAAAUCCUGGGGAGGGAGAAGCGGAGGACGUGUAUGAGCGACCUACCAUGUCUUUCGAGUCCUACCUGAGCUAUGACCAACCCCAGAAGAAGAAGAAGAAGGUGGUCAAGCCCCCACCUCCUGUCCCCGAGAAGGAGAAGGACAGAGGGCAUGGCAAACAGAACGGUUCCAAGGCGAGCGCGAAGAGCAGUGACACAAGCCAAAAGCCCCAGAAGCAGAGCAGUGAAAAAAAGGCAACGGGGGUGCCCAAAGCAAAAAAGAUUCCCAUUGAUGUGGUGCCAACGCUUCCCGACAUCCCUUUGCCUCCAAUCCAGGCCAACUAUCGCCCGCUCCCUUCGCUUGAAUCAAUUCCCCUUGCCCAGCCAAAGAGGAAAGCUCUAUCUUCCCCCACCGAGGAAGAUGAGGCCGGCUUCACGGGACGCAGGCUGAAUUCGAAGAUGCAGGUCUACUCGGGCUCCAAGACUGCCUACCUUCCAAAGAUGAUGACUCUGCAUGAGCAGUGCAUCCGGGUUCUGAGCAAUAAUAUUGACUCAAUCUACGAAGUGGGAGGUGUCCCUUACUCUGUCCUUGAACCUGUCUUGGAGCGUUGCACCCCAGAGCAGUUGUACCGCAUUGAAGAGUGCAAUCACGUUUUAAUUGAGGAUACGGAUCGGUUGUGGCACAUCCACUGCGUCCGCGACUUCAAGAAGGAGAAGCCGGAGGAGUUUGAGUCCUGGAGGGAGAUGUACCUGCGCCUGCAUGACGCCCGGGAGCAGCGGCUGCUUCUGCUGACCCAAAACAUCCGAUCGGCCCAUGCAAAUAAACCCAGAGGCAGAGUAGCGAAGAUGGCCUUUGUCAAUUCAGCAGCCAAGCCACCCAGGGAUGUGCGACGAAGGCAAGAGAAGUUUGGGACUGGAGCUGCUGCCGUUCCAGAAAAGAUCAAGAUCAAGCCAGUGUUGUACAUGCCAAUGAAAAGUAGCCACGUUCCUGCGGAAGAGGAGCAGUCUUACGAUGGACCCAGCACUAGCAGUGGGCACUCUGGUCCAUCCAUGAGCAGCACCUCCUCAGCGAGCUAUGACCCCAGGAAGCCCCCUGUAAAGAAAAUUGCACCGAUGAUGGCGAAGACUAUUAAAGCCUUCAAGAACAGAUUUUCUCGGAGAUAAGGGCACCCUUCCUGGGAGCGCGAAGGGAACUCUUCCCUCUUCGACAGCAAGCAGUGCUAACAGGAAAAUGGAGAGGGAUGAAAGGGCGGCCUAGAAUCUCCCAAACCCUAUUUGAGGCCAUCAGCACAGUAUUGUUCAAAGCAGCCUUCCCGUCCCUUUCCUUGGCUCCCAGUGUUUUUAAAAUGUGAAGUCUUGGCGUGUACUGAGAUCCGAAGGUCUGUAGACCAUUACUCUUUCUUCAGCCUCUUCCUCUCUGAACUCUGGAAUGAAAAAGAACACCUCCUUCUCCUAUCUGCAGUGUUUCCUCUUUCCACAUUAAAAAAUACUAUCCAGAUUUCACUUCGUUUGGAGCAUUUUCCUCUUCUUCUUCUUCUUUUUGCAAACACUGUUACAAAGAGAAGUACUUUAAGGAAACUUUGAUUACUGUUUUUCAAGAUUCUGGAGCACAGCUGAGGAUUUCCAUCCCCCUGUCCAGUCAUCUCUGGAGCAGCGCUUUCCGCUAUGCUUAAAUCCCAACUUUCAGCUCUUUCUUCCAUUCCUAAAUUCCUCACACCAAACAUACGUCAGCUUGGCGUUUCUAUGGGAUGAACACCAGAAUCUGCUGAAGAUGCUAUUUUGUUCUUCUUUCUGUCCGUUAGAUGAAAACAACAGUAACAACUACACAAUCUCUGCCCAUUUCUCCUUUUUUACAACUUAUAAGAAAAAUAAAACAGCACAGAAAUGUGAAAGGAGGAGCACUCAGGAGGCGAGGGAUACGUUUCACUUUGCACAGACCAAAAGUUGUUUUAAAUUGAAACCUGCAUCUUUUUUUUUUUUUUUAGGAAUUAUCACGGUUUAUCAUUUUGAGGAUUCAGGUUCUCUUCCCCUCUCUCUUCCUUUCCUGAACAAGAAAGCUGCCGUAUAUUUUUUUCUCCUGGUUUCCAGCCCACUUUUAAUCUUGGUGGAAGUCUUUCCUGGUUUUAAAAACACAAACAAAACAAGUGGCACUUUAACUCACCAGGUCCCUGUAAAGAACGUCAGCAAGAUGGAGUUGUUUUACAGCCCGUUUUGAGUUUUGACGUCGCACUGCGUGAUAGGAAAAGGAUGGUGCAAAGCCUAUUUCUGUGUCUGUCUUUCUCUGAGUCCUGAGCGGUACCUGCUCUUAGAAGAAGAAAAAUGGAGAGCAGCAUCUUGGGGAACUGAAUGGGGUUUGGCAGAACUUUUCAGCAAGAAGCAUGAUGCAGUUGCAACUGCCUGACCUGUCAGAGCAGACUUUGAGGGCACCGGAUUUCUUUGUGUACUGCUGUUUAAGCACUACAAGAGUGGAGAGGAGAAAGGAAACAACAAAUACCAUUUUUGUAAUGGGGGAAAUCUGUUGUGGAGAAAAUGGGUUUCGGGAUGCUUGUUGGAGUAUUUUUCUUGGAUGAAUCUUUGACUUCAGGGAGGUUUUGAAGGGGCCCGGCCUAUUUUUUCUCCUCACCACACAGAGGGGACAUCCUGAGCCUCCCAAAUGGGUUUCCCAAUGCUACUCCCCUAAUCUCUGGCCUGUCAUUGUUGCUCCACUGUUCCACCAGCGCAUGAUGGGUGAUUGUAGCCUUCGCUGAACAGGACCUGCUCCCUUUUUAAGGAACUGGGAAUCCCUCAAGAUUUGGGGCUGGAGGGGAAACCACAAAGUCUGUGCCAUGCAGGGCAUGAAAAUCCACAAGAUGUCAUCUGUCCAAAUGACGUCCCUUAAUGUUCCAACUCUCUUUUUAAAUCUGUUAUCUACACACACACACUCAAAAAUGUAAACAUUUUUUAAACAAGGAUGGUGUUUGAAAGAUGGUAUUCUCCUUCCCUGUCACACUGUUUGGAGCUGAUUCCCUGCAAGCUUUAAUGACAUCGUGUAGCAUUUCAAAGUGUGUUGUGAUGUUGGAUUACAAAAAAAAAAGAAAAAAAAGGAAAUUGUGCUCCUCUUGGUUUCUCUUUCUUUUUCUGUAUUUAAGUUUUGCUGUAUUGAUGAUUUAGUUAAUUAUAUAGGUAACCUUCUGCCAACCAUUGUACUUAGUGUAUUGUCUCCUUAUAUAAAGUGGCGUUAAGUAUUCAGACGGACGGGGAAGCGGGGAUGGGAGAGCACUAAACCACUGGUGAAUUCCCAAAAAAUCUUGAGUGCCUGGCAAUGGACUCUAGAAAUGCUUUUCUACCCACAAACAAAAGGGGAACACUAUCCGAUUCCUUCAUCCUGUCUUUUCCCAGCCAUAGACCCAUCAGAUCCUUGCAGCCCAAACUCAGCGCUGGCAUAUGUGUUCCCCUCCUAAUACUCCCAGUAGUAUCACUACUCGAAGACUCCAUCACAACAAUAUGCAAUGGUUUGCUUCUGAAAACAAGGCCGUUGAGUGGGUUUUUGCCCUAGAAACCCAGGUCCCCAUCUCUGUUGCUGCUUCCAUGUUGGUUGGAGGUCAAUGCCAGAGGACUGGGAAGGCUACCCAAGGCACUAUUGGCACUGCAUUCAAAAAUGCCACUGAGAAUACUACUCUUUGUGAAAUUGGGUCACUUUACUUGACAAUUCCCCCCUCCAUUUGGAGGCAUUGUGGAAUAAUAGUCUUUCCAAUUGAAGCUGCAGCGUGCAAUUCCAUGGUACUGGGAGACAUGACUUUCAGUGGUCUAAAAAGCAGCAUGUGGCCUAAGCAAUCCCUUAAUGGGAUUCCACGACAUGUUGGGAACCUUCUUUUUAAACAUGUGGGCAGAGGAAAACUGAUCCGGCUUCUGAUCCCUCGAUGGGCAUUUUAAAGUCUCGCUCAUUUUAAAACAGUGCAAUUUUCAGUGCUACAUACACUACACGCAAAGGAACCAAAUGGAAGGGCCCCUUCCCAUUUUGUGUACAUCGCAAGGUGAUGUGCGAUUCCAAGUCACCUCUGCCCUUGGGUCCCCUAAUUUGUAAAUAACAAUUUUCUAUUUUCCGUUUUUUUGGGGGGUGGUAACUGUAUGGAGAUGAAUAUUUUAAUUAGAUAAGUUAUAUGAAAGGAAGGAAUUUGUGUCUCAAUAAAAAGCCAAACACUGGAA